CGUCCCCACCGGGUGAUAGAAGCACCUUCCCAGUGGAAUUCCGGAGCUGGUGCUCUUGUUUCCAUUAGCUUACAAAACGAAAAUACGCUCACAAAGGAAAGAAGAGGCAAUUCGUUGUGAUUGCAGGGGAAAGCCUCUUUUCAGAUUUAUUCGUUAGAAGUUUCAUACUCUCAGAUCCAAAUCCCUCAGAUCUCCGAACUAACGUAUCCGGAUCUCGAUUCCCUCAUUCAGAUUAUCUAUUUCUACGAUUCCUUUCUGAUCUACCGGUCCCUGCUCCUCGUCCAUUCCGGAUCCGAUCGAGCUCGCCAGAAGCUUCACGACGGACCCAAUCAUGAAUCCCUUCUCGUCCGGAACGCGCCUGAGGGACAUGAUUCGGGCUAUCCGUGCUUGCAAAACCGCAGCAGAGGAACGUGCUGUUGUAAGAAAGGAAUGUGCUGCUAUUCGUGCAUCAGUCAGUGAAAAUGAUCAUGACUAUAGGCACCGUAACCUAGCAAAGCUCAUGUUCAUUCACAUGCUUGGUUACCCCACACAUUUUGGUCAAAUGGAGUGCCUGAAAUUGAUUGCAGCGGCUGGAUUUCCGGAAAAGAGAAUAGGAUAUCUUGGCCUCAUGUUGCUUCUUGAUGAAAGGCAAGAAGUUCUUAUGUUGGUUACAAACUCAUUAAAACAAGAUCUCAAUCAUAACAACCAGUACAUUGUGGGACUUGCUCUUUGUGCUCUGGGAAAUAUUUGUUCAGCAGAAAUGGCUCGUGAUCUUGCACCUGAAGUGGAGAGAUUGAUGCAAUUUCGAGAUCCAAAUAUUCGGAAAAAAGCAGCAUUAUGCUCUAUAAGGAUUAUAAGGAAAGUUCCAGAUCUGGCAGAAAAUUUUAUGCAUCCUGCUACCAACUUACUUAAAGAAAAGCACCAUGGAGUUUUGAUAACUGGAGUUCAGCUUUGUACAGAGAUAUGCAAAGUCAGCGUGGAAGCCCUUGAACAUUUUAGGAAGAAGUGCACAGAGGUUUUGGUCAAAGUUCUAAAGGAUGUUGUGAACAGUCCUUAUGCACCUGAGUACGAUAUUGCUGGGAUUACAGACCCUUUCCUCCAUAUCAGAUUGCUUAGGCUUUUACGGGUGCUGGGCCAAGGUGAUGCAGAUGCUAGUGACUGUAUGAAUGACAUUCUUGCUCAGGUGGCAACAAAAACUGAGUCAAACAAAAAUGCUGGGAAUGCCAUUUUGUAUGAAUGUGUUGAAACUAUUAUGAGCAUUGAAGAUACUAGUGGCUUACGUGUGCUUGCCAUCAAUAUCUUGGGAAGAUUCUUGUCAAAUCGUGACAACAAUAUCAGAUAUGUUGCAUUGAAUAUGCUGAUGAAGGCUAUUACAGUAGAUGCGCAAGCAGUGCAGAGGCAUCGGGCAACAAUUUUGGAAUGUGUAAAGGAUUCAGAUGCUUCAAUUCGGAAAAGGGCCCUUGAACUUAUUUAUGUUCUAGUGAAUGACAGCAAUGUGAAGCCUUUGGCAAAAGAGCUAAUUGAUUAUCUUGAAGUAAGCGAUCCAGAAUUCAAGGGAGAUCUGACCGCCAAAAUUUGCUCAAUUGUUGAAAAGUUUUCCCCUGAGAAAAUAUGGUACAUUGAUCAGAUGCUCAAGGUUCUUUCUGAGGCUGGAAAUUUUGUAAAAGAUGAAGUCUGGCAUGCCCUUAUUGUUGUAAUAAGCAAUGCUUCUGACCUCCAUGGAUAUACAGUAAGGUCCCUUUACAGAGCAUUCCAAGCAUCAGUGGAACAGGAAUGCCUUGUACGAGUGGCGGUCUGGUGCAUUGGAGAAUAUGGUGAAAUGUUAGUCAAUAAUGUUGGAAUGCUUGAUAUAGAGGAACCUAUAACUGUAACAGAGUCUGAUGCUGUGGAUGUCAUUGAGAUUGCCAUUAAGCGCCAUACCUCAGAUCUCACAACUCGAGCUAUGGCUUUGAUUGCUCUCUUAAAGCUUUCAUGUCGUUUCCCAUCUUGUUCAGAGAGGAUAAGGGAUAUAAUUGUCCAGUGUAAAGGAAGCCUUGUGCUUGAAUUGCAGCAGAGAUCCAUUGAAUUUAAUUCCAUUAUUGGGAAGCAUCAAAAUAUCAGGUCUGUGCUGGUAGAAAGGAUGCCAGUUCUGGAUGAGGCAACUUACAAUGGAAGGAGGGCUGGUUCUAUGCCAGCAACUGUUUCAAUGUCAAGUGGGGCUUCACUUAAUCUUCCAAAUGGAGUUGCCAAACCCCCUGCUGCUCCUCUUGUAGAUUUACUUGAUCUAAGUUCAGAUGAUACCCCUGCACCUAGUUCUUCUGGUGGUGAUUUCCUUCAUGAUCUUCUUGGUGUUGACUUAUCUGUGGGUUCAUCAUUGUCAGGUAUGACUCAGGUUCCAAAAGCUGGUACAGAUGUUCUCCUGGAUCUUCUGUCAAUUGGAACACCUCCUCCGGCACAAAGCAGCUUAUCUACACCUGAUAUUUUAUCUUCUAGUCAAGAUAACAAGAUGCCAGCUCCCACAUUAGAAAGACUGUCAUCACCUUCUUCAAUAUCCAUUCAAGCCUCAUCUCCUGCAGGGGCUGCUCCUAUGAUGGAUUUGUUGGAUGGCUUUGCCCCCAACCUACCAUUGCCUGAGGACAAUGGUCCUGUUUAUCCAUCUAUAGUCGCAUUUGAGAGCAGUGCCUUGAGGCUAACGUUCAACUUCUCCAAGACACCUGCAAAUCCGCAAACAACAUUGGUCCAGGCCAGUUUUACAAAUUUGUCACCUAAUAUCUUUACAGAUUUUAUUUUCCAGGCAGCAGUCCCAAAGUUUCUUCAGUUGCACUUAGAUUCAGCCAGUGGCAACACACUUCCUGCAAGUGGAAAUGGGUCUAUCACACAAAAUUUGCGAGUUACUAACAGCCUACAUGGGAAGAAACCUCUUGUCAUGCGCAUAAGGAUAGCUUACAAGAUGAACAACAAGGAUGUCUUGGAGGAAGGACAAAUCAACAAUUUCCCUCGUGACUUAUGAGGUGAUUUAAAGAUAGUAAAGAUGGUGCUGUGAUGCAUGGGCUCUUUUUUCUCCUUUUUCUUUUUUCAACUGAGAAGUGUCUCUUUGGUUGUCUGUAGUCAUAGUGCAAUCUGUUGUUUAAUUCUUAUAUUUUUGGGUGGUAUGUCCUAUAGCAAUUGGGACUUCGUUUGUAUGACUUGAAUUUUGGGGUCUGCCAAAUGGCUUAGCAAUUCUAUCCUAUCCUUAGCUGUUUCAAUGUACAUUAUGAUAAAAUAUUUGUUUACGGAAAUUGAGGAAAUUGAAUUUUGCAUUUGAGGCA